AUGGUCGAGGAAGUAGAAUGCCAAUCCAACAUUCGCUACAUGAAAGAUCACACAAUCUGCACAUGUUCCAAUAAAGGAAGAUGGUUGUCCGAGGUUUGCAGAAGGAUUAUAGGAACACUCAAAAGGAGCCCUCCUCUUCUACAUGGAAACAUGAGAUCUAAUGUUUCAUGCACUCCCGAACGUUUAUAUCUAAUUGAUUGUAACAUAUGCAAAUGUGACAGAACCGGUCACAUUCAAUCCAAAGCCUGUACAAAUCGACAUUGCAAGACUGGUACUAAAGCUGAUAAAUGUAAUUAUGGAGAUUUCUUAAGAACCAACAAUGAAAUAUGCAUAUGCAGUGAUGUUAACUAUUACAUAGAUAAGCUCUGUAGGAAAAUAGAUUCACGGAUAGUUCAGGAAUUAAACAUCACAGAUGCUAAAGUCAUCACGAACGUUAAUUUCAAAUCAAAUAAAUGCACUGCGUUCAAAGAAUAUUAUAUCGAUUGUAAUCACUGUAUUUGUGACGAAGGUGGCAAACUGAUUUGUACGAAAAAAGAUUGUAAUAAAAGUAAUUUGAGAAGGUUAGAUUCGGAAGUUCCUACUAAAUUGGAUCUACCAACAGUUCAUAACGAGAAUGAAGUAUGCAUCUCUGGUCAGAAGUAUAAAUUGAAAUGUAACACGUGCAUUUGCACACCAAAUGAGGAAUUGUCCUGCACAACUAUGAUUUGUUUGGAUGACUUUGUGAUCGAUGCUGGCCUAAAAAACUUCUCAAAUUUCCACCUACCGGAGAUUCAUGAGGGUCAAAGCUGUAUCGCCGGUCACCUAUACAGAUUGGGAUGCAACACUUGCCGAUGUCUUUCAAACGAUGCACUUAUGUGCACUAAAAUGGCGUGCCUAGAAGAGAGCUACGCAAAAAGUUUAAAGAAAGUCCAUUGGAGGGCGAAUGAGACUGAUGCUGGACUCCAGAGGGAUAUAAAGACAGCAAGGAGCGGACAGGAUUUACACGGGGUUGUUCCUAAGGUGGCAAGGGCUGCAUCUUGUACACCAGGCAAAAUCACAAAAAAGAUCUUCCAAGAGAAAUCGAAUGUAAAUGUCCAAUCAUUUCCAUUUAAGCCCGAAGAUAUAGCGAGUUUUCCCGUUCUGUAUAGUCUAUCGGACAAAUGCGAACCGGGCAAGAUGUAUAGGAUCGACUGCAACGGUUGUCUCUGUCAGGAAUCGAAUAAUUUGAUUUGCGAAGAGAAACUCUGUUUAUCGAAAAAAGCUUUCAUCAAAAUGGAAGCUGAUAGACGUUCUGGUACGAAAUGUACUAAAGACGAAACCUUCGGCUGUGUCCAAUGUAUUUGUGUGGAUCGAAUCAACAAAUGCAAGCCAAUACCGAAGUGCGAGCAGCGUGAAAAAUUAUCAGGACACGCUGCUAAGAUGCUGUCUGCUUUGAACCCACAAAAAGAGAAAUGCACACCGGGUACUAUGUAUACGGUCCAAUGCAAUCAAUGCUAUUGUCAACCGGAUUCCACGCUUAGAUGUACUCAAAAAGCAUGUCUUAACUAUGCGCAGGCGCAAAAAUUGGAAAAACAACGUCUCCAUUUGGAGAAACAUGGAUUAUAA